AUGAAGAUGUUGAUAAAUCUUAUUUUUUUGAUUGUUUCAUAAUCAUUUGAAAUCUAACCAUUAGAUUCUGAAUAUCAAUCUGCAUAUCAAUAAGUAAAGAUUGAUGAUGAUAACUUUUUAUCAAAUAAACUUUUUACCUUUGGAUUAUGGUAGCGAUAUAAUCCUCUCAGCACCAUCUCAUAAGUUGGAUAAAUUGGAUUAUUUGAUAGUAAUUGUUAUCAUUUACUUAACAUAAUUGAUACAAUAAGUGAUGAAAUAAAUCUAAUUUACUACGAUUGUUUGGAUUAUGAAGCAAAAACAAUAACAAAGUAUGUAAAAUUUGUAAAUAAUGAUGAUGAAUAGAAAAUAUUCAAAAUUGAUAUAGAAGCAUUUAAUUAUGAAAACUUUUGGUAUUUUUUAGAAAUAAUAUAAAAUCCAUUUUAAUAAUAAUUUGAAAUUUUAAUAAUAUCCUAAGAAACAAUAAGAAUUCAUGAAAUUCAUUAAAUGAAAUACCCAUUUAAGGGUCGUAAUCUUAAAUUUACUUAUGGAAACAGCUUGAUUGUAAGUAAUUCAGGAAUAGAAUCUUUGUUAAAAGAACAAAAAUUUUCUUAUUUUCCUGGAAAAAUUAUAAUAUAACAGUUUAGUCUUUAUGAUUAACUAGAUGAUCUUGAUUGGUAUUAAUAUGUUAAAGGCAUAUUUAUGUUUUAUGAAUACUGUUUUUGUAUGCCAAAUUUUAAUUAUAUAAUUCCAGAUUAGAACAUCAAUCAAUAAUUAAAAGGUGAAUAUGUUUCAGAUAAUUUAAAUUGUGAUUCUUUUAUUUUAGAAGGGUGGUUUAAAAUUUAAGAAAUCAUUAGUGAAUAAAAAGAGUUUGUUUUUCCAUUUCUAAAAUUAGGUACAAACUUUUAAAACCCCAAUUUAUCAAAUGAUAAUUUGUCACCUGUUUAAGUUUUCUAUAAACUGUCUGAUAUUUAAAAUUAAAUAAUUGUAACAACUUAUAGUUUUACUUUUCCAUAAGUUACAAUAGAUUUUACCAAUAAUCCUUUUUUAAUUGAAAAAACUUUUGAUAUUAUAAAUAAUAUAACAUUGUGGUAAAAAAUAUCAGUAAAAUUGAUUUAUGGUAUAAUUUUGGAUAUUUAAAUUAAAUUUUAUGAGAAUUUUAUGAUAUAUGAAUAUAGUCAUCAAAUAGAAGUUCGUUAAUUUUAGCAAAUUUAAUUUUUAUUAUAAUAUGGAAAUUUUUAGAAGCUUGAAACAAAUUAUUUAAAUAUGUACAUAAGAAACUUAUUAUUUUUAAAUUGUGAUGUACCUUUUGAAGAGAAGCAUUGCCAUUAUACUUGUUUAGAAUGUGAUGGACCAACAAGUAACGAUUGUUUAUCUUGUUCAGAAGAAUCUAAGAGAAUUUAUUUACCAGAAUAUAAAAUAUGUAAUUGCCCAUACAACACAAUAGAGGAUUAAAUAUGUAUUGGUUAUAUUGAAUCAAAUUUAUUAUUCAUUGAUGAACCUUUCUUAAACGAUGAAUGUAAAUAUGGUUAUUUCGAAUUAAAUAAUGAAUGUAUUCAGUGGUAAAUUGAGUUAUAAUAUAUUUAGUCCUUCAAUCAUAAGACAAGAUUUAAUUACUUGUUUAGAGUGCAUUUAAAAUCCAAAAUCUUUUUAUGAAUAGACACUCUGUUAAUAUGAUUUAUAUUUAAGUAAAUCAUCUUAGACAGGUAAGUUAUUUUUAAGUGAAUUUGAUUAUUUGCUUUUUGAUGGAACUGAUUACAGUUUUUAUUUGUGUUUUUAAUGUCCUUUAUAAAUGAUGCAAGAUUUAAAUCUCUUAUAUAUUGAUUAUAAUUUAAGAGAGUCUUCUUUUAGAAGGUUUUGUAAAUAUGAUUACACCUAAUGUUAUUAACAUAUUUCUUUUGAAUGCAUAGGAUCUCAUUUACAUAUUACUGGUUAAAGAUGUAUGUAAUGCAAAAAAGGAUUUAAAUUAAUAAAUGGACUUUGUAUUAAAAUCUAUGAAGAAGAGAAAUAAGUUUGUCAUUCUCCGCAUUAUUUCACCUAUAAAAAUUAGUGUAAUCUAUGUCCGAUUAAAAAUUGCAUAUAUUGUUUUGAAUAUCAAAACGAAGAUUCUACAUUUUAGAGUACCUUAUUUAAAGAUUUUAAAGAAUUUGAUAUCAAUUAAGAAGUGAAAAUAGGAUGUUCUAUGUGUGAAUAAAACUUUGUAUUUGAUUUUACAAUUGGAUAAUGUUUAAAAUAAAAACCAAAAAUUUUAAAUUGUUUAAGAUCAUUUAUAAAUUUAGAUGGCACAGAACUUUGCACUUUAUCUUCUUUAUAAGAUUUCAGUGUUGCUCGUGAAAUAAUAAAUUGUCAGAAUUAUUACUCUAAUUGUUUAUAAUGUGUUCUUACUCCUUAAUCAAAAAUAUAAUGUGUGCUAUGUAGUGAAGGAUAUGCAAUAUCUUUAAUAUCAGGGAAUUGUUAUAAAAGUUAUAUGGAUAUAUAUUUUUAAAAUGCAACUCUAGUGGUUUAAGCAGAGUUUGAUAGAUUAAAUGGAGAAAUUAUAUUCAUCUAAAGUUUUAUGAUGUAAUUUUUACCUGAUUAAUACUAUUACCCAUAUUCUUAAAACUUAAUGGAAUUUUAAAUUAAAUGUAAAGAUGGACAUGGAUUGACACUUUAUUACUUUUGUUAAUAAUAUUGUAGUUAGGAUUGUUUAAAAUGUCAAGUAGAUUAUGAUCAUUUCAAUUGUGUUCAAUGUUCUUCGAAUUAUUAUAAAAUACCUUUAAAGUCUGAAGCAUGGGGAUAGUGUAUAUCUUGUUCUGAUUUAUGCUAAUAUUGCGAAAGAAGAGAUAGUAAUGAGAUUAAAGUAAUAUUUUGAAAAUAAUAAUAGUCUUUAUAAUAGUAUUUUAAUUUAGAAUAAUCUAAUAUCAGAUUUACUAGGAAAUGUAUUUUACCAGUAAAUAGUCCCAAUGUAGCAAUUAAUCCAUUUCUUUUUAAUGCAAAAUACUGUUUUAAUAAAAGCUGUUAUAAUAAAUUUUCCUAUUAUUAUUAUUUUACAUAUUGUAUAAUUAAUUACUAUUUCCCAGAGUUUUAUGAAGAGGAUAUAAAUAUUUAAUAUUGUAAUCAUGUUGGAGUAGAUGAUAUGACCAUAAAUUAUAGUUUUAAACUUCCAACUGAUUCAGACUGUUCACUUUACAAAUCACUUUAAUUUCAAACCACUUUUAAGAACAAAAUUUUUUCUCUAAAAAAAAUUGGCAUGACCCUCUCUUCAAUAUAUGAUACUUAGAUAGUUCCUGAAUCUUUCACAAUCACUACUAAUUUUGAUAAAGUAGAAAUUAGUAACAUUAACUUACGAUUACAAAACGGAUUUAUUAUUUAAAAUAACAAUUAAAAAGUUGAUAUAACAUUACGAAAUUUAAUUCUUAAUGCAAAUAACAUAUCUGAUGAGUUAAUUUUUCAAACUUAUCAAUAUGGUUAAAUUGAAAUUGAAAAUGUUUAAAUUUCAGAUUCUAUCUUUACAAAUUCAUCCUUAUUUGAUUUUUCAUUAUCAUCAAUCCCAACAUCAAUUACAAUUAAUAAAUUGCAAUUUAUAAAUAGUGUUUUCAAUAACUCAAUAUUAUUCAAUUUUAACAACAGUAAUUCCAUGAUAAAUAUUUAAGAGAUUAUUAUUAAAAAUUGUUUAAUUUAGAAUUCAUCCUUUUUUUCCUUUAAUACAGAGUUAAAAUAAGCAAAUUUUAUAUAUUUAUUUGGAGUAGAAAUUUUUGGAUCUAAUUUUUAAUAUUCCUAAUUUCUAAAGUGCAACAAUAAAUUUGAUUUACAAGCAAGUAAUCUUUACUUUCAUGAUAAUACGCUAUUUUAAUCUAUAAUAAUGGCUUUUAAUGAUAACACAUAAUUAAAAAAUGUAAAAACAAGUUAAAAUAUUCUAAUUGGAUCUGCAAUUUUAUCUACUAUAUUUAAAGUAAAUAAUGAAAGAGUUUUAUUUAUGAUUGAUGAUUUCGAAGAUUCUUAAACUACUUUUUAAGAAUCAAAUUUAAUAAUUAUUUAUUCUAUUCUUUAAGUCAAUGAUUUCUUUGUUCACAUAAAAAAUAUUAAAGUUUAAGAAAAUAUAUUAAUUGAUACAUCAUAUCAACGAAAUUAACUUUUUAAAUUUCGUAGUCGUUAUUUAUAAAUAGAAAAUUCUUAAUUUUUAAAUUUGAAAAAUGCAAUUUUCUUUUAUCUUUUUGAAACAUAUGAAAUUGUAUUUGAUUUUUUAAGAUUUGAAAAUUCCUAAUAAUAGCAUAAAGUCCCAUUAUCACAACUUUGUUCUGAUUCUGUACAAUGGGAAAAUUAAAUAAUACAAUUAGCUGGUUUUCAGUAAUUAUCAUUGUCUAAUAUUUAAAUUAUAAAUCAAUUUAUCAUUAAUUAUUCAUUAAUGGAUAUAGCAUUUAGUAAAUAUUUUGUUUUUGAAAUAAUUGGACAAGUAAAAUUAAUAAAUAUAUAUUUUAAUGGAAAUAUCUUAUUAAAAAAUAAAUAAGCAACUUCAUUUUCACUAUUUAGUUUGAAUUCUUAAUACAAUCUAAAUAUUGAUUUAGUUAAUUUUUAAUUUAUUUAAAACAUCAUCAAUUAAUAAAUAGAUGAACCAUUAGAAACAUAAACAAGUUUAUUAUAAGUCAAUUCAUUAGACAGUAUUAUCAAAAUUAACCAAAUAUUUUGUUAGAAUAAUGCAAUAACUAAUUCCUCUACUCAAUUCAUUACCCUAAGUGCAAAAUUAAUUGAAAUUUCUAAUCUAAAUAUAUUUAAUCAAAACAUUUUAACAUAAUCUUUAUGGCAAUAGUUUUAUGAUUUUGAAUUAGAUGAUUCAUUUAAUUAAGAAUAAAUCAAUUCAAUUAUUCAAUCUACAUUUGGACUAUUAAAUUAAGGAAUUUUGAUUACAGCUUCAACCUUUUCUUGUACAGAUAGCUAUUUUUAAGAUAUUUUUGGUUUAAAAAGUGCAAUUUUUGAAAUUAAGACACAAGGAUAAGGAAUAGUAAAAAUAAGUAACCUUAAAAUAAAUUCUAUAUAAACUAAUUUAAAAGAGUAAAGAAAUUAAGGUUGUAUAAGUAUUGUUUCAACAAAUGGUUUUUUGAACAUAUAGCUUAAUCACAUAUUAUUUACAAACAUUUUCAACAAAAUGGGUUCUUCUUUAUUUACCAUAACACCAUCUGUUAAAUCUAAUUUCAUUUAUUUAAAUAAUGUUAUAAUAGAUGAUUGCAUUUCCUUAAUUAAUACUAUUAUGCUAACUUAAUUCUAACCAGAAGUAAUGUAAUAAAGCUUAGUAAAAAUUAAUAAUAUAACUAUUUAUUAAAGCGAAUAAUCAUGGAUAGAUUUAUUUUCUAAAAUUGGAACAAUUUCAUAAUCAGAGAUAAAUAAUAUAAGGAGUGAAAACAAUGCAAUGAUAUACUUAGAAAAUUGUAAAGUUGAAAUAAAAAAUCUAAAAAUGUAUGGAAUCGCUUUUUCUCCAAUUAUAAAAAUUUUAAAUGCUCCUUAAGUAAAGCUUUUAGAUUGUAAUCUAAUAUCUAUUUAAAAAUUUUAUUCAUUCAAUUUAAUACAUAUAAGUUAAACUUUAAUCACUGAAUCUAUCAUAUCAGUUUAAGGAUUAAAGAUUAUAGAGAGUUUUACUUAUUAAAAGAAAUCAGAUGAAAUAACUAUUUUUUAAGACUUAAAUUAUAUAAUAUUGGGAUGUAAUAUCUAGAAAAGUUACUUAGUUUUAUAGAAAGUUCUUUUUUCAGACAUAUUAUAGAAAAUUUAAGAUUUUCCCUAUGUAUCAAAUUAAAUUAUUUAUACAAAAAGCAUUUCAGACAAGAAUUCUUUAAUUUUUCACAAUAUAUUAAUUUUAAAAAAUAAUGGAUCAGAUUUUUCUAAUGGAAUUAUCUCCUUUGAAAUAGAGAAGUUUAAACUGUUUAAAUUAGAAAAUAUUUAAUGUUAUUAAAAUUCUAUAAAUGAAAAUGGUUGUAUACAUUUUUUGAUACCAAAUUUUAUUAAUUAAACUAUUAGAAUUAAAGAUUCUUAUUUUAUUUAAAACAAGGGUAGUUUUGGAGGUGCAAUUGUUAUUUCUAAUGUUAAAUUAAUAGUAAUAAAUAGCAAAAUAAUAUCGAAUCAAGUAAGUAAAUUUGGUGGAGGAAUGUUUCUUUAAUUAAAGGAGGAUGACUUUUAGAUUAUAUCAACUAUAAUUACUAAUAAUAUAGCUUUAGAUGGAGGUGGAAUUUAUUUUAACAAGGACGCUAAUUUAAAACUUAAUAAUUUUAUAUAAUCAUUUUUACUAUUUAAUAAAGCCACUUAAUUUGGAGAUAAUUUGGUUGAAACUCCUUAUCGCUUAGUAUUGUCUAUAAAUGAUAAAGAAAUGUAAUCUAAAUAGCUAAUAAUUGAUUAAUUAAAGAAUGAAAUUUUAGUGCUUUAACCUUAUACAAUUAUUGAAUAAGGUACUACUUUCAUUUAAAAUUAUUUAAUGCUCCCAAGUAAUUAAGUUAUUUUUAAAUAUCAAAUUUAUUCGCCUUAAAGUCUUUAAUAUUUCUCAUUUAUUACAAGUUUUGGUCUACUUCUUAAAAAUAGUUUUAAUGAGAAACUUUAAAAUAAUCUUAAUUCCACUUGUAUUUUGUCAAAUCAAGUCUUAAAUUUAGAAAAUAAAUCUAUGGUUGGUGAGUAGAGUGAAAAAAUAACUAUGUAAUAUGAUCUCUAAAAAGAUUACUUUGAUUUAGGUGAGCUCUCUCUUACUUUUGACCCUUAUACCAAAGAAAAUAAGAUCUUAUAAAUGCAAAUUAGUUGUUAUUCCGGUGAUAAAUAAAAAAGAUUGAAUUAUCUGAUUGAAACAAAAAGCUUUAAAUGUUAACUUGGAGAAUUCUAUGUAAAUUCUGGAUGUUAGAUUUGCUAAUCAAGUUAAGGUUUUUAUUCUGUCGUAUAUGAUGCAACAAAGUGUUCAAUUUUUGAUAAAACCAGAUUUAAAAACAUAACUGAAAAUAAUAUAGAAUUAUUAUAAGGUUUUUGGAGACCUUAUUAUUUAUCAGAUUAUAUUGAAUAAUGUUUUAAAAAUUUAUAAUUUUGUAAAGGGGGAUGGGAAUAUGGAAAUUAAUUAUGUUCUGAAGGACAUGUUGGAGCAUUAUGUGAAGAAUGUGAUAUUUAUAAUGUAAGAGGAGAUGGAAAAUAUUUUAAAAAUCAAUAGGAUUCUGUUUGUAUUUCUUGUUUUGGUGUUUAGGAUAGUAUUAUACCUUUUGUAGCAGCAUCAAUAUGGUAAAAAUAAUCUAAUUAUUAGGUCGUUAUUAUCAAUCAUUAUUACCUUAAGAAGCAUUGAAUAGUCCAAUUAAUUAUUCAAGAAUUUAAAAUUAAAUUAAAAGUUCAGUAAAAUAUUAUUUAAGCUUGAAUAAGGUAUUUAUAAUCAUUUAAUUUUAGGUCAUGAAAGCUUUAUUAUUAAAAUGCUAUUAAAUUAUAUGUGGAUUUUCUCUGUUAUAUUUACAUUUAAUAUAUAAUUCUCAUUUACAUUUACAUUUGUAGAUUCUGCUAGCAAUACUUCGUAUUCCAUGGCUAACAAUUUAGAUUGUUAUUUAUCAGAGAAUUAAUCAAUUUAAUUGAUUUACUCAAAAAUUAUCACUAUGCUUGUUCUAAUGUUGAUCUAAUUUACUCUAAUUAUUAUUGGAUUUCUCAUGUACUAUAUGUUUAAGAAAAUGCAAUUGAAAUAUUAUAUAUAUGACACUAUUUCUAAUACUAUUUUAUAUCUAUAUGUAUCUAAUUAUGGAGGAUUGAUUAAGAUGUAAUAAAGUUUUAAUUAUUUAGGUAUUUUUCAAUUCUCUCAAAAAGGGAUGUUUCAAAUUAAAGCUACAUUCAAGGAGAUGUUUCUUUACUCUUUGGAUCAAAAGAACAUAUUAUUUGGAUUUUUUCCUUUGUCAUUCCAGGAAUAGGAAUAUUUUGUUUAAUAAUUCCACUUUUCCUUUAUCUAUUAAUGUUUUUUAAGAAAAAUUAACUCGAUGAUAUUAAAAUUAGAAAAUAUUUUUGCUAUCUAUUUAAUGAAUAUGAAAAUGAUUGCUAUUUUUGGGAACAAAUAAAAAUAAUUAAAAAAACCAUUAUGAUUCUCAUAUUAACAUAUUUUGAAACAUAUAUUCUUCUAAAAGCAUCAUUAUUGGGAUUGUGUUUACUUUUUUAUUAAUUAUUAGCUGUCAAAAAUAAACCAUUUAUUCUUUAAAAUUUAAAUCAUUUGGAUUUAUUUUCAGGUUAAAUUUGCUCAAUCACAAUAUUCCUUGCUGCUGCUAAAUUUGUAGCAGAACAAGAAAAUAAUUAAUUUUCAUCAGUAGUGCUUUAAACUUUUAUUGUUAUCCUUUGUCUUCGAUUAACUUAUCCUUUUAUAUUGAGUAUAUUAAGAGUUUAUUACAAAAAAUAUUAUUUCUUGAUCAUUAAUUAUUUACAUUUAAUUACAAACAAAAUCUCUUAAGAUUCAAAGUUAACAUUUAAGUUAUAGAUGAUUAAGUAAAGCUAGAUAGAGAGAGAGAAAAAAUAGAAACAUUUUGUUUCGAAAUUAAGAUAGCAUCUUUUGAAAGUUUCCUAAGCCUAAAUUUCAAACAAAAAGUAUUAAAAUAUUUUAUUUAGAAAAAUUCUAAAUGGAAGCAAAAAUUCAUAAAAUUCUGGCAAUGAAUUUAAAUACUUUGUCAAACUAGAUACUGAAUGA